AUGACGAAGAUACAAGAAGUUAUUUUUGAUGAAUGCAAAAAGCUUCUUGAUGAAAUCUCAAAGAUGAGAGAAAAAAAUAAGAAAUCUUUAAACAAGGCAUUUGGUGAUCUCAAAAGUGAAUAUGAAAAUCCUCUCAAAAGUCUAAAUAAAUCUCUUACUGAAGCGAGAGAAAUUACUUUACAGAAUGAGUUGACGAAAACGAUAGCCUGUAUUGAGUUUCUUCGUUUUUACUCUAAUGUUGUUCAUCCAGCAGAACUUGCAAAGCAUGUCGAGGCUCAAAUAGCUAAUGCUAUAAAUCUCACUUUGAAGAUGGUUGCAUCUCAUCUCAAGCCUCUACAACCUGUUAUCAAAACAUACCCAAGGAGUGUUCUGAAGGUAUCUUUGUCACAUUUGAAACAAGGGGGGCGGAGAAGGAGAAAGUCAGGGUUUCAAUCUCAAGAUUCCAGAAAUCAUUCUUAUAUCAUUCGAAGGUAUUUCUUCAGUUCAACCUUAGAUAUUUUUACCAACAUCUUCGACAUCUGUUACUAUUCCAUCUUCUGA